AAAUAUUCGGAAUCGGGCAAUGUACGUCUGUGUCAGGACCAGAGUCCAUAUUAAUUAGUUAUGGAUGGAUGAGUUGUCGUGGGGAGUGGAGCAAAAACAAGAGAAAAUGAGCAUCGACGGCUGACUGGCUCACGAAGGGAAAGAGGAAAGUCACAGCGUGGUUGGUGUCAGCCUUGUUCUUUCCAAUAUUUUUCCAGGCAAGUGGGCCAAAUCCCACUCGCUUUCUUCCAAGACCGACUUUUUCAAAGUCUUUCUUCUUCUCUCUGUCCAUCAGUCAGCGCUUCUGCUUCUCUUUCUCAGAUACACAGCUCCCUCCGUUUCAUUUCUUUUUAUCAAGUUGAAGAAGCCAUUUCAACUAUCAAAUUGCUUCUUGGUUUUUUUCUUUUCCUGCCUCGGUUUCGGUGGGUGAAGGGUGGUGUAAUCUCUCUUUUACUACAAGGGAAUUCAGCUUUAAGCAGGUGUCUUUCUUAUAGGGUAUUGAGUUCAGCAUGAUGGUCCUUCAAGCAAGCUUAGAGCUUUCUUCCAUUUUCUGAAAUUUGAAUGUUCCAGGUGAUUCCAUGACAUUUUAACCUCUACCAGCAACCUUUUUUUAGCACAGAUCUAAUAUAUGAGACAUGGCGUGUUAUGAUAAACAUGAGGUUCCAAUGCUGUCAGAUAUUCAUCCUCAACCAUCAGAAAAUAAUCAGGAUUCUCAGUUUCAGGCACUGUUUUCUAGAACUCAGAGUGCUUCAAUUGCUAUCCCAAUGAACUCUAUAGAGUCCUACGAAAGUACUAAUCUUGUAGGACAUACUGGCCCCUUGAGGAAUGAAAGAAAAAUACCAUUUAUACAGAUGAGUGGUCCUCUAUAUAUUAGCCGUAAGCCUGAAAAUUCUUUUCAUCCAAAUCAAAGUGUGGCAGGUCGUAAAAUGGUGGAAUCUAAGGCAGAAAAAUUUCCUUCUUUUAAUGGAGUGGAUGAAAAAGAUUGGUCAGAUAACAACUAUGUUGGCAAAAAUGAACAUUUACUGAGGUCUGGACAACUAGGAAUGUGCAAUGAUCCUUACUGCACAACUUGCCCAACAUAUUACAAUUUCAAAGCAGAUCAAGAGAAAAACUCAAAAGCUUCAGGAAUCUUUGAUACCAAGUUCCAUAAUGUUCUCUAUGGGGAUGCCAAAGGAUGGGCUAGGAGAUUGAUGUCUUUUCUGAGUUCUUAUGUUCCCGGAGUUAUGAAUCCUCAUGCUAAAGUUGUUCAACAAUGGAACCAAUUUUUUGUCAUUUCAUGCUUGAUGGCAGUUUUUAUAGACCCAUUGUUUUUCUUCUUGUUGUCUGUGCAGAAGGAUAACAAGUGCAUAGUUAUCAACCGGCCUGCAACUAAAGCAUUUGUAGUUUUGAGAAGCAUGACUGAUUUUAUAUACCUGCUUAACAUGCUCCUUCAGUUCAGGUUGGCUUAUAUAGCUCCUGAGUCUAGAGUAGUUGGUGCUGGAGAGUUAGUUGACCAUCCAAAGAAAAUUGCUGUCAAUUACCUUAGCAGAUACUUUUUUCUUGACUUAUUUGUGGUACUUCCACUUCCUCAAAUCAUGAUAUUGCUGGUCCUACCAAAACAUUUGGGAUCAUCAGGAGCAAAUUUUGCAAAAAAUCUUUUACGUACAGCAAUUCUUAUUCAGUACCUUCCCAGAUUGUAUAGGUUUCUACCUUUCCUUGCUGGUCAGUCUCCAAGUGGCUUUAUAUUUGAGUCAGCAUGGGCAAAUUUUGUCAUAAACCUUCUCACAUUUAUGCUGUCUGGCCAUAUUGUUGGGUCAUGCUGGUACCUCUUGGGAUUACAGAGGGUUAAUCAAUGUCUUCGAAAUGCCUGCCAUGACUCCAACAUUAAAAAUUGUGAGGAGUUUAUAGAUUGUGGAUAUGGGCAUACUUCUACUCGUGCUGAAUUGCCAAGUUGGAAGAACAACACAAAUGCUUCUGCCUGUUUUUCAGAAGAUGGAUUUCCUUAUGGAAUAUAUAUACAGACAGUCAAUCUAACAACAGAACGAAGUAUUAUUACCAGAUAUGUAUAUUCAUUGUUUUGGGGAUUCCAGCAAAUCAGUACUCUGGCUGGAAAUCAAAUUCCAAGCUAUUUUGUUUGGGAAGUUCUUUUUACCAUGGCCAUUGUUGGACUGGGCCUCUUGCUUUUUGCUCUUCUGAUUGGAAAUAUGCAGAACUUUCUCCAGGCGCUUGGACGAAGGAGGUUAGAAAUGUCACUAAGGCGUCGCGAUGUGGAGCAAUGGAUGAGCCAUCGGCGAUUGCCAGAAGAGCUUAGAAGGAAAGUACGAGAGGCCGAACGAUAUAAUUGGGCUGCCACAAGAGGUGUGAAUGAAGAAAUGCUUCUUGAGAACUUACCCGAAGACCUUCAGAGAGAUAUAAGACGCCAUCUCUUCAAGUUUGUUAAGAAAGUUCGCAUUUUUGCUCUCAUGGAUGAUCCUAUUUUAGAUGCCAUCUGUGAGAGAUUAAGGCAAAAGACCUAUAUUAAAGGAAGCAAAGUUUUGUCACGUGGUAGUCUGAUUGAAAAGAUGGUUUUUAUUGUGCGUGGGAAAAUGGAAAGUGUUGGAGAAAAUGGAAUCAUAGAUCCCUUAUCUGAAGGGGAUGUUUGCGGCGAGGAACUUCUCACGUGGUGUCUUGAGCAUUCUUCAGUAAACAGAGUUUCUAUUGCAGAUGGAAAGAAAAUUAGGAUUCCUGGACAGAGAUUGCUUAGUAACCGAAUAGUUAGAUGCCUGACAAAUGUAGAAGCAUUUUCCCUUCGGGCUGCAGACCUAGAAGCAGUUACCAGUCUUUUCUCAAGGUUCUUGCGCAAUCCUCGUGUUCAAGGAGCCAUAAGGUAUGAAUCACCCUAUUGGAGAAGCCUUGCUGCUACUCAUAUUCAAGUAGCAUGGAGAUACAGGAAAAAACGUCUGAACCGUGCUGACACCUCUCAAUCUGGUCAAUCUUCAAGAUAGUAUUUCAGCUUUUUGUACUGUAGAAAUCGAAGGUUCUUAUGUAAUAUAACUAGGUAUAUUGAAUAGGCAGCCAUCUGUUAAGGAAAUUUGUUGUAACUUAUGGCAGUUAGGUUUAUCACAAAUUUUAGCAUCGGCUGUCAAAGUGCCCUUGAGAUGGAGGAAAAAAAAUGCCGAUUCUAUGUUCAGAUUUGUGAUAUAUAGCUAACAUGUGCAAGAUGUGUACGUAAUAUGUCAAAGGUCCCAAGCCAUUGCAUGUCAUAAAAUUUCAUGAAAAUUAUAUGAAGCAGUGAGAUUUCCAUUUGGGAUCUGCAAUGUAAGUGAAGGAGAGGACAGGACAGUUGUCACUGAUGGAGUUCUUUUGGUGCAAUUUAUUUAUAUGAAAAGUUUAGUUGUUGAUGUUAAA